CAUUCCACACGCAAUUCCUAUUAUAUUACACAAAUCUCUCUGACUCCUCUUUCCUCUGGGGAUCUUCGCUUUCCGCAAGAUCUCUCUCUCUUCCCAUUUCUCCUUUCUUAGAUCUCAUUACUUCACCCCUGUACCUUCAAAUCCCAGUAAGGCUGCGGUUAGAUCCCCAUUUCCAUCCUCUUGAUCUCCUUUUUUUCCUUUCCGAUCUACUUUCCGGAGGAAAACUGACCCCUUUUAAUUUCUCCUGCUUUCUCUGUCGUCAAACACAGACUUAGGCAAUCGGCUUCACCUCCACUUGUUUCUUAUCAUGGGGUUUCGGUCUUUCCUUAUUCUUCUCUCGUUCUUCCUACUGCUGGCUCUUCCCUACGUAGCUGCUAAGGAUUCUGAGGUGGCAAAUGAAAAGGAAGAAUCAACUGUACCGCUCAAGGAUCUCGGCCGCCGUGGCAUGAUAGUUACCGGUGACCUUGACGUAAAUUCUGUUGGUCUUGGUCUUCAAGUCGACUCUGGUCUUGGGAUUUUUGAUGCCUUUAUUGCGAGCUUGUCCAUGAUUAUUGUCAGUGAGAUUGGGGAUGAGACUUUUAUAAUAGCAGCUCUUAUGGCAAUGCGCCACCCCAAGUCAAUUGUUUUGUCUGGUGCCCUCAGUGCCUUGAUUGUUAUGACAGUACUUUCUACUGGACUAGGACGGAUUGUACCAAAUUUGAUAUCAAGAAAGCAUACAAAUAGUGCGGCUACAGUCCUUUAUGCAUUUUUUGGGCUACGAUUACUUUACAUUGCCUGGAGAUCAGAUUCAAAAUCAUCCCAGAAAAAAGAAAUGGAAGAAGUAGAGGAAAAGCUUGAAGCGGGGCAAGGGAAAACAACUUUCCGCCGCUUCUUUUCUAGAUUUUGUACACCAAUAUUUUUGGAGUCAUUUAUAUUAACUUUUCUAGCUGAGUGGGGAGAUCGCAGCCAGAUUGCAACAAUUGCUCUGGCAACCCACAAAAAUGCAAUUGGUGUAGCCGUGGGGGCUACAUUGGGACACACUGUAUGUACUUCCCUGGCAGUAGUGGGAGGAAGCAUGCUAGCAUCUAAGAUCUCGCAAGGGACAGUUGCAAUGAUCGGAGGCUUGCUUUUCCUUGGCUUUUCAUUGUCUUCUUAUUUCUAUCCUCCUCUAUAUCAUCAAUCCUUAUCUUCUGGCUACUCUCAUCACGAGACACAAGCAGAGCUACUACAUGCUUAUGUCAUCAAGAAUGGCUCUCUUCAAAAUCUGGCUAUCAGUAACUAUCUUUUGAACCUCUAUGUGAAAAAGUGUCAGAAUUUGUAUCAUGCCCACCAGCUGUUCAAUGAAAUUCUUACAAGAGACAUUCGCACGUGGACUAUUCUGAUAUCGGGUUUUGCUCAGUAUGAGGAUUUUAAGAUGGUUUUGUAUUUGUUUAGAAAAAUGCAAAGCGAGGGUAUUUGUCCUAAUCAUUUCACCUUAUCUAGCGUGUUCAAAUGCUGCUCUACUUUGUGCGAGUUAAGAAAUGGGAAGGCGAUACAUGGGUGGAUAUUGACAAAUGAGAUUGGGUUGGAUGUUAUCUUGGUGAAUUCUGUUCUUGAUCUUUAUGUGAAAUGUGGUGCUUUGGAUUAUGCAAAAAGAUUAUUCAAGUCAGUGGAGGAGAUAGAUACUGUGUCCUGGAAUAUAAUGAUCAGUGCAUAUUUGCAUAUAGGAGAUGUGGAAAGAGCCCUUGAUUUGUUCCAUGGUUUGAACUCCAAAGAUGUUACAAGUUGGAACACGAUCAUAGACGGGCUAAUGAAAAAUGGAUUCGAAAGAACUUCAUUAGAAUUGCUUUACAAGAUGUUGGAAAGUGGGCAUAUGUUCAAUGCAGUUACUUUUUCUAUAGCAUUGAAUUUGGUUUCAUGUUUAUCGCUUUUGGAGCUGGGUAAACAGAUUCAUGGGCAGGUUCUAAGACUUGUUCUUCACAAUAAUGGGUUUAUAAGGAAUUCACUUUUGGGUAUGUAUUGCAAAUGCGGGAAAAUGGAAGAGGCAUCCAUGACACUUAGAACAAUUCCUGUGAGGAUUUCUUGUGAUGAUUCGUUAGCAGAUGUUGUCUCAUGGAGUUCAAUGAUUUCUGGAUAUGUUAGGAACGGCGAGUAUGAAAUUGCAUUUCAAACAUUCAGGUUUAUGGUCAAUGAACAUGUUGUGGUGGACAAAUUUACACUCACAAGCAUUGUCUCUGCUUGCGCAAGCAAAGGAAUUCUAGAAUUAGGAAUGCAGGUCCACGCACACAUUCAGAAAAUUGGGCAUAAAGUGGAUGCUCAUUUAUAUUCCUCGUUAAUUGAUAUGUAUGCUAAAUGUGGAAGCCUGAAUGAUGCUAUAAAGAUAUUUAAACAAAUUAAUGAUCUGAAUGUUGUGCUGUGGACAUCAAUGAUAUCUGGGUUUGGUUUGCAUGGACAAGGGCAUGAGGCUAUUGAACUCUUUGAGUGCAUGAUGAAUGAGGGAAUUAUACCAAAUGAGAUUACAUUUAUUGGUGUUUUAAUUGCUUGUAACCAUGCAGGGUUGCUUGAAGAAGGCUGUAAAUAUUUCGAGUUGAUGCAAAAAGUUUAUGGUAUCAAGCCUGAUUUUGAACACUAUACUUGUAUGGUAGAUCUUUAUGGUCGAUCUGGUCGCUUGAACGAGGCAAAAGAGUUCAUUCAGGAGAAUGGUAUAUCCCACGUGAGUGCAGUUUUGAAGUCAUUUCUGUCUUCUUGCAGACUUCACAAAAAUGUGGAAAUGGGAAACUGGGCAUCUGAGAGACUAUUGAAGCUCGAACAAUCUGAUGCAGGUUCCUAUAUUUUGUUGUCAAACAUGUAUUCUACAGAUCAUAGAUGGGAAGAGGCAGCUAAUGUGAGGAGUUCAAUGCAGCAGAGAAAAGCUAACAAACUGCCAGGACUGUCUUGGAUCCAAUUAAAGAAUCAGGUUCAUAAUUUCAAUUGAGCAGAUCAGUGGGUUCUCUCUCACUGAUCCCCUUCUUUCAUCCCUUCCCUUUGUUGCUUAAGCAAAUAGGUCUGGAAGGGUAGAAACACCCAACAAAAGGAUCUCUUCAAAAAUCCUACCUUUGAUAUUCGUUUAGAUAUCCCUGUAACUAGUUACAGAGGGGGACCAUAACUAUAUUCAUACUUGGAGAAGCUCACCGGUGAGCGAAGUCAGAGCUUCUUGUGUAGACGAUCCUGCAGGUCAUCAGUUAGCUGGAACAGUGACUGAGGUUGGCACAGUAAAUUCGAUGGGGAAGCAAUUGGAUUUGCAUGAGAUCUUUGUUCAAUUCCAAACUUGUUAUUCUCCUUUUUCUGUUCUUGAAUAUCAGAAGUCAAAUUAGCAUUAUAUGCUUUUUUCCAUGUUAAUGAAUGCUUUUCCGUGUUCACUAUAUGCAAUAGAAAGGAAAAAAAGCUGUAUCCCAAGGGUCCUAGCAAACCUUCUUAUCACUCAUUCUCUCUGAGAUUUUGAUCUGAUUUGCUCUUUUUCAGGGAUAACACCAUGAAAUUUGUGAUCCUCUUGGGAGGUAAGGGGUUAUUGUCGAUCACCAGCCUGUGUCUUUGAAUCAAUUGAAGGCCUGAGGCACGCUUGUUUGCCUUGGUGUUGAUAUUUAGUGUUCUUGUCUCCACAUAAGGAGGGAAGAAGCAUAUGAUAGCAGCCAAUUUCCUGAUUCAGAAGUUUGAUCUAGGAUUUACUCAUCAUGGGUGUUAUAGGUCCUUUUCUUCUAACGGUGAGGAAAGAAAAUUCAAAUUUAGCAAACUGUUUUCUUUGCAUGAAGGACAUUAUUCUGAUUAGAGGCCUAUAUUGCACAGAACAGUAACUCUUCUCUUUUAUUAUUUGUUAUGCAAUAUCCUAAAAUUUUUUAUUCCUCUGCGGUGGUCGCAAAUGGCGAUAUCUCCUUAGGAUUGCUGUUUGAGAUAUAUGAAUUGGUUUCUCUAGGAUAGCUGAUGUAUGAUUGAUGGAAAAGAAAAUAAGAUGUUGGGAAGGAAAGCGCUAACUAUAGAUGGGGAUGUAAUGCAGCUCUGAUUUUCAUUAAGGAUUAGCAAGGCAUAACCAAAUAAUGAGGUCGGUAGUUGAAAACUUUACCAGAAAUGCAAGAAUUUUCUGGAUCCCUGACUCAAGAAACUUACCUACAAAGUUGUUUAUUCUCUUAAGGUUAAAUUCCUUAUACUUGAGUAGACCUGAAUUUUUGCCAAUAGAUAAAAUAAGGAAAGGGAAAAAGAAAGAAAUUGUCCUGCUCACCCUACUUGUUUUAGAAUUGAAGGAAAACAGAGAAUGGAUAGAAAGUGAAGUGAUCUUGGAAGUAUAAUUUGAUUUCUUCUUGCUUUUCUUUUCACCUUGAGCUCCAAUUCUCCUUUUUUUUUUUUCCCUUCUAAUGAUUGCAGGUUAAUUUAGCAGUCCGUUUCUGCCUAAGCUGGGAUUUUGUGCUGAGAAUAACUGCUGUUAAAGAUGUAGAGAGAAGUAAUUACAUCAUGUAUGCUGCACAAGGAGAUCUAGAUCAUCAUUUGUAUCCAUAGAAAAGGAGAUUGAGGAUAUGAAAUGCUAUCAUUCCUGCAAUUUGAAAUGAACCGUUAACGUUUUCCCCCAUUGUAAGGGGUUUGGAUGCUGGAGCUGGACCAAUUUAAUAUUG